UACACCUCCUCUAGCUCCUCAUCGAGCUCCAGUUGCUAACGGCUCCAUUCAUAAACAAAUCACUCCGGCUUGGGACCUCUCAAGAGCAACAAACAGAACUUGAUCUGUAUUUUGAAGUUUUCUCCCUCCGUCGUACUUGCCUGUCUCUUUCAUUCAUUUUUCUUUAAACUUCCCUCUCUUGCUUUUGCUCAACUCCCCUUCUUCCUAACUCCCUCCCUCCUCUCCCUCCCUCCUCACUCCUACUCUUUAGUGUGUUGGAGUUGCUGCACAGCCGGACCACUCACACUCUUUUCUGUGUGAAUCUGUCAGCGCAGAAGUGUGUGAAUGUGUGUAUGUGUGUGAGUGAGUGUGUGUAUCUCCACUGGGAACUUUUUUUUUCCCCCCUUGAAACUUACAGAACUCUUUGGGAGCAGUGGGCAGGCUUUUUCAGAGUGUGAGAGAGGAGAGGAGACCCCCACGGUGCUGUGAUUUGACUAAACAAACAGCCGGGCUCAGAGCGGUACCUCCUCCAGCGGACUCCCAGGACACCAGAGAUUAACCUUGCAGCCCUCAGACCCUGAACAUCUGAGGGAUCUAUACAUCUUACCCAGCAGCCCCCUGUGGAGAGAGCCGGCUGGAAAGCUCGCCUCUGAUUUCAGAAGGAGACCGGCCACUGGCCAGCAAACGUAUCCGACAGAGAAGGAGCGAAAGGAGAGAGAGGCAAACACACUCCCUCAUCCUGAGAGACUUGUCUGCGCUCUAGGAUAACGCUGAAGAGCAAAAGUGCUUUGAAGACAUCAACCAUGAGGAGGAGUGUGCCGGCGUCCACGCUCCGUCUGGCGGUCUUGGUCACAGCUCUUCUGCAUUUCUGCCCUGAGUUUUGCUGCCUGGAGAUCACACCCAGUGACAGUGAGCUGGUCCUGGCUGCAGGCUCGUCCCUCACCCUCACCUGCUCCAGCUCUGGGCCUGUCAAAUGGGGGUUUAAGAGGGACGACGUGCCUUACUUCCGGAUGGAGCAUAUCCAGAAUGGAGACCCCCUCUCUGGUCAAAACCACAAAAUUGUGCAGGACAGUGACACAUCCAGUGUUUUGACCCUGUGGAACAUGAGCUGGAAACACACCGGGGUGUAUGAGUGCACUGACCAAGACACUGGAGAGACUAAGGAGGUGGCUGUCUUUGUCCCAGACCCCGAGGUCUGGUUCGUAGAGAGCGCCCAUGGCAUGGUAACUAAGACCAGCGAGGAAGGCAUCAUCCCCUGCGUGGUCACCAACCCCGCCAUCAAUGUCACCCUCUAUGAAAAGGACAGUGACAUGCCGAUCACAGGGCUCUAUGUUCCCAGCGAGGGGUACAAGGCACUGCUGGAGGACAGGACCUACGUGUGUCGUGGGGAGCUGAACGGGGAGGUGAAAGAGUCCCAGGCCUUUUUUGUCUUCAGCAUCGUUGCCCCAGAGGCCAUCGACGCCUACAUCAAUGCGUCAAAGAUGGUGCUCAAGCAGGGCGAACCGCUGACAGUCAACUGCACCAUCCAUGGAGUGGAGCUAGCGUUCUUCUCCUGGGACUAUCCCAACAGAGAGGACAUCGGCAUUGAGCCGCUGACAGACGUCCUGUCCGCCAUGAGUAUGCGCUCCUACCUCAUCUUCCCUCACGCCACACUGGCCCAAAGCGGCAACUACGUCUGCCAUGUCCACGAGGGCGUGCGAGACCAGAGCGCCUCCGCCAACGUCAACAUCACUGUCCUCGAGCAAGGCUUUGUGGACCUGAGUCCGGCUCAGCAACGAAACAUUUCAGCCCAGCUGCAUGAGAACGUGGAGCUGAGAGUGGAGAUCGAGGCCUACCCCCCACCUCAGGUCCACUGGAGCAGGGACGGUACCACCGUGAACGGAGACAAAACCAUCACCACCAGGCAGGAACACGAGACCAGAUACGUCAGCACUCUGACCUUGGUGAGAGUGAGGAUGGACCAGAGGGGCCUCUACUCUGUCCUUGUCACCAAUGGAGACGACACGAAGGAAGUGACCUUUGAUCUGGAGGUCCAGGUUCCCUCCCAGAUUAAAGACCUGACUGACCACCACCUACCUGGGAAGAGGCACUUGGUGACCUGUGUCGCUGAGGGGGUCCCGUCCCCGACCAUACAGUGGUACAGCUGCAACAGCAUGCUCAAGUGCAGCAACCAGACGGCAGCAUGGCAGCCACUGGAGCCCGAAACUGAGGCGCUGAGCAUCCUAACUAACGUCAGCUACAGCGAGACUCGCAAAAUAAGCCGAGUUCACAGCCAGGUGACCUUCCACAAGCCCCAGCAGCUCACUGUUCGCUGUGAGACCAGCAAUCAAGGAGGGCUCGACAGACGAGACAUCAAACUGUUGACCAACACGCUGUUCUCCCAGGUGGCAGUGUUGGCCGCUGUUCUCGCUCUAGUGGUCAUCAUCAUCAUCUCUAUCAUCAUCCUCAUUGCUGUGUGGAGGAAGAAGCCGCGCUAUGAGAUCAGGUGGAAGGUGAUUGAGUCGGUGAGCCUCGAUGGCCAUGAGUACAUCUACGUGGACCCCAUCCACCUGCCCUACGACCUGGCCUGGGAAAUGCCGCGAGACAACCUGGUGCUCGGUCGCACUCUUGGAUCGGGAGCCUUUGGCAGGGUGGUCGAGGCAACUGCGUACGGUCUCACUCAUUCCCAGUCCAGCACAAAAGUGGCAGUGAAAAUGCUCAAAUCCACAGCGAGGAGGAGUGAAACCCAGGCUCUGAUGUCAGAACUGAAGAUCAUGAGCCACCUCGGCCCUCACCUCAACAUUGUAAACUUGCUGGGUGCCUGCACCAAACAGGGCCCUCUGUACCUGGUGACGGAGUACUGUCGCUAUGGUGACCUGGUGGACUACCUGCACAGGAACAAGCACACCUUCCUGCAGUAUUAUGCAGAGAAGAACCAAGAGGACUCGGGCUGCCGCAUCUCAGCAGGGAGCACCCCGCUUAGCCAGAGGAAAGGCUAUGUGUCGUUUGGCAGCGAGUGUGAUGGAGGGUAUAUGGACAUGAGUAAAGAUGAGCCCUCAGUCUAUGUGCCCAUGCUGGAGCAGAUAGACACCAUCAAAUAUGCAGACAUCCAGCCGUCCCCAUAUGAGUCUCCCUACCAGCAGGACAUCUAUCAGGAACAAGGUGGCAGCAGAGUGGACCUGGCAAUGGUCAUCAGUGACUCUCCCAUUCUCACCUACAACGACCUGCUGGGCUUCAGCUACCAAGUGGCAAAGGGCAUGGAGUUCCUCGCCUCCAAGAAUUGUGUCCAUCGCGACCUCGCCGCCAGGAACGUGUUGAUCUGCGAGGGCAAGCUGGUGAAGAUCUGUGACUUCGGCCUGGCCAGAGACAUCAUGCACGACUCCAACUACAUCUCCAAAGGCAGCACCUUCCUGCCUCUGAAGUGGAUGGCGCCCGAAAGUAUCUUCCAUAAUCUGUACACCACCUUGAGUGAUGUCUGGUCGUAUGGCAUCCUGCUUUGGGAGAUUUUCACUCUGGGAGGAACCCCCUACCCCGACCUGCCCAUGAACGAGCUCUUCUACAACGCUUUGAAGAGAGGCUACCGCAUGGCCAAGCCCACGCACGCCUCGGACGAAGUUUAUGACAUCAUGAGGAAGUGCUGGGACGAGAAGUUUGAGAAGAGACCCGAGUUCUCCUUUCUCGUUCACUCCAUGGGGAAUAUGCUGACAGAUGGCUAUAAAAAGAGAUACAACCAGGUCAACGACAGCUUUCUGAAGAGUGACCACCCGGCCGUGGCCCGCACCAAGCCAAGGCUGUCUUCACCGUUUCCUAUCAUGAACCCAGCCUUCGGUCCCCCCUCCCCCAUCCCCUCCUCCACCCCCCCGGACCCCUACAACCUGAGUCCGGUCCCCAGAGACCUCAGACAAGAGGAGGGCAGAGACGAACUCAUACCCUCGUACAAUGAGUACAUCAUCCCCAUCCCGGACCCCAAGCCUGAGGACGUUUUCACUGAUACGGACAUGCCGUCGGAAAGCCCUGCGAGCUCCGUGGCUCUGGAGGAGGAGACUGACUCCAUGUCCCAGGACACGGCUGACACCCUCCCAGAGGACAGGCUGGAGGAGGCAAGUGAGAGAGACGCUCUGCUGGGCUCGUCCGGGACGCCUGAGGUAGAGGACAGCUUCCUGUAGCCACGUGUAGAAACUUUGGGAAAAUAGACCCCCUUGUUCUGGGAAUGGUUUAUUACAUACCUGAGAAGGGAAUGUGACUAAAAUAGAGAAUGUAGCAAGCAUCAAUGAGAAGAAGAUUUUUUUUUUUCUAUCUUCACUAAGCACUCCUAUCGUUCUGUCCCUUGUUGAAUUUUUGCAUCACAGCUUGUUUAAAUACGGUACUUGCCUCACACUCUAGAAGUGAGACACCCUGUUGGGUUUUGAUGUUCAGUAUGUCUUUAUUUUCCAUUUUAGUCAGGACGUAUGAUUGCGCUAAGAGACUGAAUGACUUAUUUUGUGUUGUUGUUUAUUAUCUAGACAUGUGAAAUAAUAUGACUUUUUUGUUUCUAGAUAUCAUUUCCCACCUCUUUAUUUUGGUAGAUCAAUGUCCACCAUCAUACUGUAGAGGUUUCCCAUGCCAAACAGGCGACUGAAUACAUCCUUAUGUCUUCCUUUCCUAACUUGAAAGCAGUUGUAUUCACCAUAGUGCAUUAUGACCCUAGUGUUAUUAUCAGGAUAUGCGAGACAUAGAGAAUAUCUUUUGAGUUACAUGUGCAUUAUGCGGUAGCUGCAGGUCAAAGAAUACCCAGUUCUGUUUAACUAUAUUCUUUUGCAAAAAAAUGUCGAUGUCAUGUGGGAUUUUUUUUAAUAGAAUUUUGAAUACAUGUUUUGUAUAGAGUGUAUGACGUAGUUCUGUACCAGUUUUGCACUUUAUUAGGGUUAGGACAACAUGGAUAUUCACCAGAAAAAUAUAAAGGUACUUUAUGUAGGAGAUAGAACGAUACAAUCGAGAGUUAUCAUAAAAUUUUGAUUCAGAUGUGUGGUUGUACAGCGAACAGACGCCAUGCUCUUACUUCUGUGACAGUUUUGACUCAUACUUUAUCAGCAUAUCACUGCCUUAGCAAACGAUGUUAUUUGUAGAUGUGCCUUUGCAUCGAUCAAUAUGGCUGGUGUUGUCUUUCAGCCAUCAGGUGUUGUUGCUUGUUAAUUGGGAUAUGAAGGGCUACUGUACUUAAGAAACUUAGGUAGUUAAUUGUGUACAUGUGUAUAUGAUGUGUGUUGUCACUUUCAUUCCGUAAUCUCCACUCACAGAGGUCUGACUUUCACUUCUUACACUACGAUUUAAAACAAAAGCUUACACUUCUCUGUUGUUUGUGUUAUAAAAUUCAUCCAAAACUGAUCAUUUUGGAGUUAUCGCUUCCCCCUCAUGUCAGUCACACUGGUGUAGUUUGAAUAUCUACAUAACACACAGUGAGCUCGCUAGCAUUGCUCUGUAUCGGCCUUCUCAAAAAUGAUUGAAAGUGGCUGAGAGCUGGUUAUUUAGAAGUCUGAAAAAAUACCAUAAAAUGACUCCAAACAGCAAGUGUUGUGAGUGCACUGAACAGUCCAGUACUUACCUCUUUAUCUCUUACAUUUUCCGCAUUUUCACAACACUAGAAGAUGAUGCCUUCAGGUGCUUUUGGAAAUUGCAGGAGGAACACACCAGACAAACCUUUGUAAAAUCCCUAAAUACAAAUGUAAAAGUAAAACCUUUAUGUGGUACUCAAGAUGUGGAAUUGUCACUACAGUGAAUCUAAUGACCAACCUAAAGACCAUGCAGUCUGUUGAGCCGCAGGCUACAGCAACAUGUUCUCCAUAUCAUCACUACAUUUACAUUUACUUUUGCCUGAAGAGGGAGCAAGGGGCUAAAAAAAAAAAAGCAGUUUUUAUUAAAAAUUUCAUCGCCAGUUAUUUCUCUCUUCUCAUGAAUGGGAGAGCCAUCUACCUCCACACUGUGCAAACUUAUUUUCUUAUCAAAAUUACAAAGCAAUCAGCGUUUCCAUGCAAGUAAGACAAGUUCUGGCAGUUAAACCAAAUAAACUAUUAAUAGCCCUCCCGUAGAGUCAUUUUUAGAGGCCACAGUUGGGUUCCCUCUCCUGAUUCAGUUUAGAAGUUUUCGCAAGUUCCUGUGCAUUUACUUAUCUCUGAUUUUUUAGCUACUGCUUGCACGGUUUUGUGAGAAAUUACAUCAUGGAGCUUAUCCUCAAUCCAUGACGCUCACUGUGCCCACACUGACCUUGUAUUAUCAGGAGAGUGAUGGUUCAGAAUCUCAGAAAUAUAUAUGAAUCAUUCAGUGAUGGGAUUUUCACUAUCUUCCAGAUCUCAUGAAGCAGUCAUUAGGUCAUUUUGAAACUGCACUUUUUUUCCCCCCACCACAGUGCAUUCAUGAUGCAUGUAUUGGAGUUUUUACCCUUGAUCACUGGGUCCUUAGCAGCUUCUGCAUUUGUCCAUUUGUGCUCAGCUUCAGAUGUGUUUCUGUAGCAGCUGGAGCAUGCUACAUGACUACAAUCGUGGGUGUUUCAGGGUUUAUAGUGUUAAAAAAAAGACAGGGUGUUGUUGCUUUACUUCUGCACAGUUGGCCCAUGAUGUCCAACAACCACCAGAAUAAUUAAAUCAAAUCAUCUAUAGAAUCAAUAGAAUCAUCCAGUUUAUGAGUUUUUGAGGAACACAUGGAGGUAGCAAGACCCUAAACCAUAUCCUGUGGGGUGACCAGAGUUCUGUUGACAGGAUAAAAAGGUAAUGGUGGGGUAACUGUGGACCCACACUUCAUUAGAUAGGCAUCAGUCAUUUGAAUAAUGCUGUUUGGGGUCAUUUUAAAGUUAAUUGUCUCUUUUUGGAACUCCUUAGAACCACUUCCUGGCCACUUCAUGUGUAUUUGACAAAAAAAAGUAAUUUUAGGAGAAGUUAAUAUGUGAGGGAUUUACCCAACGCCCUCAACGGUGCACAGACCACUGUGAUAGACAGAAGGAUAAAUGUGUGCAGUGAUUAUGUUUCCACCAUCUAACUUCCCCUAAAAUGACUCACUUUUUUUCCCUUUUUUUUUCUUUUUUGAGAUGCUGUAAGGUUAAUUUUUUCACACUGACGGAGCUAAGUUAAUGAGACCCAUAGACUUCAAGUCUUUAUGCUAAGCUAUCCUGAAAUGUUACCAAUAGGAACUGAACCACUGUAUGUUGAAAAUGGUGUUGAACAUCUUGUCUCAGUCUGGGUAAGCAUUGAUUCCUUUAACUUCAUCAGAGUUUCAGAUGAUAUGAGGGUGAAACGAUAAUCACCGAAUUUUCAUUUUUGAGUGAAGUAUUCCUUUAAAAUGUAGAACACUACAGACUGUAUCACAAAGCUAUGGUACCAAAGCUUCUCUUAACGUUUACAAAUGUAUUUUUAUAUGUGGUAUUUUAUAUGUUGCAGAUGUGACAAUAAAAGUGUAUUAUCAUCA